UCAAUGAGAGAGCUCUCAUGCAAAUGCAAACCAGACUGCCUACCAACCCCUCCCUAGUGCAGUGUCAGGGAAAUUCUCGACGCAUCAUAACUUGCCAGAGAAAAAUACAAUAGCAGAUCAGAGCCACCAACGGCUCCCUAUUGUCCUAGUGUCAAGGAAAUUCUCUAAAUAUAUUACUAUAUUGUACUGACGGACAGAGAGAACAGUGUCGGGAUACAAAGACGACUGCAGAUCACCACUCUGUCAGACCUCAUGGCUCCAUUUCUGCUCCUGUUGUUCCUUCUGUCUGAAGCAGCUUCUGACAUGACUGACUUAACAGUGCUCCCUGGAGAUCAUGCUAUUCUGUCAUGUCAGGCUGAUGAUUCCUCCAUCAGAGCUGUAAAGUGGAGAAGACCUGACCUGGAGCCAGUUAACGUCUUCUUAUACAGUGAUGGACACUUGAAUACAGACGACCAGAAUCCAUCCUUUAAGGACAGGGUGCAGCUGGUAGACAGAGAUCUGAAAGGCAGAGACGCUUCUUUAAUUCUGAAGAAUGUGAACAUCAACGACACUGGAACAUACGAGUGUCGAGUUAUAACCGGUGGUUCUCACCCAAUCAGAACCAUCAGAACCAUCUAUCUGCAGGUUACAGAUGAGAGUGUGGUACCAGUGCUCCCUGGACAGGAUGCCAUUCUGCCAUGUCGGUCUGCUGAUCCCUCCAUCAGAGUUUUAUUGUGGAGCAGAGCUGACCAGAAGCCAUAUAAAACCCUCUUAUGCAGAACUGUAAAGCUGGAUAAUGACGAGCAGCAUGAAUCCUAUAACAACAGGGUGGAGCUGGUGGACAAAGAUCUGAAAAACGGAGUUGUUUCUUUAAAGCUGAAGAAAGUGAGCAGACACGACACUGGAAGAUACAUGUGUCGAGUUGAAACCGGUGAUCAAAAUGUUAUAAAGAAACGCCUCAACUCUGACCCAAUCGGAAUCAUCUAUCUGCAGGUUCCAGACGAGAUUGUGAAAGUGCGCACUGGACAGGAUGUCAUUCUGCCAUGUCAGGCUGCUGAUCCCUCCAUCAGCAUUGUAGAGUGGAGAAGACCUGACCUGGAGCCAGAUAUCGUCCUCUUAUACAGAGAUGGACACUUGAAGACAGAAGGACAGCAUUCAUCCUUUAAGGACAGGGUGGAGCUGGUGAACAGAGAGCUAAAGAAUGGAGACAUGUCUUUUACUCUGAAGAAUGUGAACAUCAACGACACUGGAGCAUACGAGUGUCGUGUUGAAUCAGAUUCAAAAAGUAAAAAGAGAGCCAACACCAACUCUGAGCCAAUCAGAAUCAUCUAUCUGCAGGUUACAGAUCCAGCAGACGUGAUUGUGGUAGCAGUGUACCCUGGAGAUGAUGUCAUUCUGCCAUGUCAGGCUGCUGAACGCUACAUCAGUACUGUAAAGUGGACCAGACCUGACCUGGAGCCAGAUACCGUCCUCUUAUCCAGAGAUGGACACUUGAAAACAGACGACCAGCAUCCAUCCUUUAAGGACAGGGUGGAGCUGGUGGACAGAGAUCUGAAGGACAGAGACGUGUCUUUAAUUCUGAAAAAUGUGAACAUCAACGACACUGGAACAUACAAGUGUGGAGUUAAAACCGGUGGUACUGUCGAACUCAUAAUCAGAAUCAUCCAUCUACAGGUUAGAGAGCCAGCAGACCUACCUGUGGUAACAGUGCACCCUGGACAGGAUGCCAUUCUGCCAUGUCAGGCUGUUGAACCCUCUAUCAGCGUUGUAGAGUGGAGCAGAGAUGAGUGCAUCCUCUUUUACAGCGAUAAAGAAACAGAUACAAUCAUCCACAAUCCAUCCUAUAAGGGCAGGGUGGACCUGUCUGGCAAAGAGCUGAAGGGCGGAGACGCGUCUUUAAUUCUGAAGAAUGUGAGCAGCACCGACAACGGAACAUACGAGUGUCGAGUUGGGUCAGCUGAUUCCAGACGUAAAAAGAGAUCCAUCAUUGACUCUGAUCCAAUCAGAACCAUCCGUCUGCAGGUUACAGAGCCAGACCUGAUUGAGGUAACAGUGCAUCCUGGAGAUGAUGUCAUUCUGCCAUGUCAGGCUGCUGAUCCCUCCAUCAGAGCUGUAGAGUGGAGCAGACCUGACCUGGAACCAGAGUAUGUCCUCUUAACCAUCGACGGACACCUGGAUCCAACCUACCAGCAUCCAUCCUUUAAGGACAGGGUGGAGCUGGUGGACAGAGAUCUGAAGGACAGAGACGUUUCUUUAACUCUGAAGAAUGUGAGCAGCAUCGACAACGGAACAUACGAGUGUCGAGUUAAACCAGAUGGUUCCAGACGUAAAAAGAGAGCCAACAUUGACUCUGAGCCAAUCAGAACCAUCCGUCUGCAGGUUACAGAGGAUGGAAACUCCUCUCCUGUAGGCCGAUGCAAUGGACUGGCAGCAGGUGUUGCAGGUGUUCUGUUUCUUGUAACUAUUGUAGUGGGUGUCCUGAAAUAUAAAAGACAUAAGAACAAGAGAUCAGGACCACCUGCUGAUGAUGAUGAUGAAGCAUCAGGCGAUAAGCUCGUCUGACAACUCUCAGAGCUCUUUAUACCUGACUGUUUUUUCACGUGUUGUAUAUUCAAGACUUCUCUUUCUCUGGGUGUGAGGUCAUGUUUAAAUCUGCUGUUUGUUUUUUCUCAACCAAUCUCUUCCCUCUAUGAAAUCCACAUACUUUUUUUAAGUAUAAGUUCUGUUAGUACAAAGAAAUUUUACUCGAGUAAAAGUUCUGGUACUUUAAAGACACCAAUAAUGUUUCCCCUCCGUGAAUCUCCACCUUACCGUGGUGGAGGGGUUUGUGUACCUGAUGAGUCUGAGAUCUGUAUUAUCUGGAGCUCUGAGAUCCUGUAGGGUCUCCAUGAUGAGUUGUUCCCAGAGGAGGGUCAGACUAAGAGAGAUUCACUUCAAAUUAUCUUUACCUUCAGAGAACUAGAAUAUUUACUUGAGUAAAAGUAGUGCUGCUUUAAAGAAAAACAAUGUCUCUUAACUAACAGUACUUUUACUAUGAAUGAAUUGUUCUUAAGUAAAAAACAAAGUUAGGCUACUUAUUUGAAAUCUGAAAAUUGUGCUCAGAUAAAAGAUAAGUCAGUUAAAAUGUUCUUUAAGAGCAGAAUGAAGAAGCCAACACAGAGAUGUUCAGACAAUAUAAACUCAGCAGCAGUACACAGAAAUACUUUGCUCCAUUAAAUGAGCAAAUGUAAUCCAUUACUUCAGCCCAGCUGUACUCAGCGCUGAUAUAUUACAGAAAGCUUUUAACAGGAAAUGAUGUUUCUUCAGUUGUAAAUAUCAGCAGACCGAGCACCCACCAAAUAUCUUCUAAUCAGGUGUAGAGAGCUCUUCAUCAUGUUAUCUGCUUGUAUGUUUGAUCGAGUUAAUAUUUUAUAUGGAGUGAAUUUUAAAUGCUUGUUUUCUGCUGGGUAAUAUAAAGCCUUGUGGUGCCUGCUAAGAAUGUUAUAUUUCCAGCUAAUUAUUUAAAAUCAACUAACAUUGAAUAGUUUAAACUGAGGAGUUGAUGACAUUGUGAAUAUUGUUGUUAUUGUAAUUAUAAAAUCAUCUGAUGCAGCUCAGAAUAUCUCAGGAGACAUAGAGGACGAGUCUGUCUCUAAAUAAGACCUUCGACUGGAUUUAAUAUCUACUAAGUAGAUUAACAUGAUGUUUCUAAAGGAAAUGUUAUGAAACGUGAACUAUACAAAAGUGAUGAUCUUUGAAAUCAGUUGAUAAUUAUUUAAUAUGAAUCAAUAGAUGAAAUAAUAAUGAUCAGAGACAUGAAGGAAGUUGAUAACUCAGUUUUAGCAUUCAGAUACCUUAAUGCGCCUUAAACUGUUUUACUCUUUCAUCUUAUUCUGAUAAACACGUUAUAUUGCUACAUUUGGA